ACGUCAACAGUAGCAGCGCCCUCUAGACAUACAGGAUUUAAUACCAGCUAUAUAAGCGCAGCAGUGGCAGUCGACUUCGGCUUUCUUACAGCCCACAAGUCAGAGGAAUAUAUGACUCGUUUUCCUCGGACAUAAACAAACCAUUAAAAAAUGGCUACACCUAACCAGGUGCCGAGAUUAUACAAGUCAGUAGUUGAUGAUGUUAUAGCUAAUGUAAGAGAAGCCUUUCUAGAUGAAGGAGUUGAUGAGCAAGUCCUACAAGAAUUAAAACAGUCUUGGGAAAAUAAACUUCAACAGUCAAAAGCAUUAGAUCCAGUAUUAGAAACACAAGAAACAGGAAUUCAACUACCCACCACAAUACAGUAUACAUCACAGAUUAUGCAUCAACAACAAGCCCCACCACGAACACAAGCCCAAAUACCUGUUCCUGUACAUAUAGCCACACAUCAAGGAGGUGAAAUAAGCCAACCAGCAGCAGUAGCAGCAAUGGCAUUACCACAGGGUGUGUUCCAACAACAAUUACAGGCCUUAGCAGCCCAAGGGUAUACAUUAUUACCCACCAGUAAUGGCCAGUUUAUUAUACAAGCAGCAAUGCCUCAACAACAGCAAGCAGGUCAGGCCCAGAUUGUAACAACUAUACCACAGCAAGCUACUCUAGUCCAGCAGAAUAGACAAGUCCCAACUGUUGUACAAAAUAGUCAGAAUACCCAAGGGGUACUACAGUUUGAUGGUGCUGAUGAUUCCAGUUCAGAAGAUGACGAUGAUGACGACAAUGAUGAUGACGAUGAUGAUGAAAACGAUGAGAACAAAGAUGGUGAAGAUGAAUUCCAAGGAGAAGAAGAGGAGCCUUUAAACUCAGAAGAUGAUGUUAGUGAUGAAGACCCCACAGAUUUGUUUGACACAGAUAAUGUUGUUGUAUGUCAGUAUGAUAAGAUAAACAGAAAUAAAAAUAAAUGGAAAUUUUAUUUAAAAGACGGUAUCAUGAAUCUCAACGGUAGAGACUUUGUUUUCCAGAAAGCUAACGGAGAUGCAGAGUGGUAAAUGUGUUGUCUAUUUUAAACCUUCCAAGGGUAUGAUGGUGCAAUGUAUCUUCAGUUGUGGACGAAUAUUUUAAGCUAGUUUUAAUAGUUGUAUGAUGAACUCCACCUAUUGUUGAUGAAUGUUUUGACAGUGCUACUGUUAUAUUAUUUUCAUUUGAUGUUAUGAUGUGUUUGUAUUUUUUCUAACUGUUUUGCCAAAAUCCCUUAUAAAUACAUCAAAUAUUGGACAUGGUCAAAACCUAUUAUUUUAUUGUAUCUCGAAAAGGUUACCAGAUGCAAUAAUGGUAUAAGCAUUCAAUUGUAAAAGUUGGUAAAAAGGGUUUGCAUUUAU